GUGCGCAGAGUAGUUCGUAUCCAACUAAAAAGAAGCAGAAGCAGAAGGAAGUGGACGUCGAAAAUGGCCAGAGAUAUUAAAUGGGAGAAAUUGUUUAGUUAUGAUACUCUAGUAUACGCUGUUGCAGGUUCUGUGGGCAGUGUAACUGCUAUGACUACAUUUUAUCCUCUUGAUACUGUUCGGUCUCGACUUCAAGUUGAAGAUAGAGAUGCAAAGAAUACAUGGACAUUGCUUCAAGAAUUCAUCAGAGAAGAAGGAUUUGAAUCCUUAUAUCGAGGUCUGGGACCUGUUUUAACUAGUCUGUGCUGUUCUAAUUUUGUAUAUUUUUACACUUUCCACGGUUUACGUUCUGUAUAUAAAAGGGAUGCAAAAUCACAUAGUGCAUUGACAGAUUUGGCUUUAGCUUCAAUUGCAGGUGCAGUGAAUGUACUACUUACAACACCAUUAUGGGUAGUAAACACUCGAUUAAGGCUGCAAAAUAUAAAAUUGAAGUUAGAAGACAGAAAAUCUUCAGAUUAUUCUCAUUACAAAGGAAUAAUUGAUGGACUUUGUCAGAUUAAAAAAGUGGAAGGUUGGAAAGGAAUUUAUGGAGGUUUAGUUCCCUCUUUAAUAUUAGUUAGUAAUCCAGCUCUUCAGUUUAUGAUUUAUGAGUCACUAAAAAGAAGAAUGUCUAAGGGAUCUGAAUCAAAGUAUGGAACAGAUGAAUUGAAACAAAUGAAUGUUAUCUACAUGUUACUUUAUAUUGCAAAGAAACAAGGUUUUAAAGAAUUAUAUAAAGGAAUGGAAGCAAAAAUUCUUCAGACAGUUUUGACAGCUGCUUUGAUGUUUCUUUGUUAUGAAAAAAUUGCUGCCUUAGUUUUUGCUCUUCUAAAAAGAAAACAAAGCUUAAGUCAUUGAAAUUUUAUCUGCAAUUAACAUAAUUGGCAUUAGAAUAUUUAUAUUUUAAUAUAUUGUAACAUAAAUUUUAAUUUUUUUAUAUUUUAAAAUUUAUAAUUUAUUAUGAAAGUGUAAAUUAGUCUGAAUAUAAAACACUAUCUAAACUUAAUGAAUUUAUUUUUAGGUUGCCAAUUAUUAGACAGAAAUCUAAUACAUCUAAAUGUAACUAAGAAUAAUAUAAAUUUAUUGAAAGAUUAGUAGCCUAAAUUAUAAAAUAUUUAAUCAUAUUAUUACUAGUAAUCGUAAUAGUUGUGAAUUAGUUUAUAUGAAAUUUUAUAAGAUUCUUCAAUAUGAUGAUAGUUUUUUAUAUUGUGUAGUAUUGCAUUUUUUAAGCCCUCUUACAUAUUCAAAUAAAAAAAUCUUGAAAAACACAAUGCAUACUAAUAAAUGUCUUAAUAAAUAUUUGAGUUAAAUUAACUAUUGUUGACAGAAAAAAAAUUGCAUUUUCUGUGUAGACUGUUUGAUAUCCUACAUGAUCAUCCAAAUUUUACAAUACUUUUGUAGUUUUAUCUUCACAUUAUGGCAAAUUCACUUCUCUUCUUUACCAGAACAAAUCAAUUUUGAUUAAAUAAAUAAAGUAGCAAAAUAUCUUAACAUAGAAAAAGGAUUAUUCCAGUAUAGAAAUUUAUAACAACUAAAGUGGUUUUUUCUGUAUAUUUCUAUGUAAAGACUAACUUAAAUAAUAUGAUUGUGACUAAAAUUUGUGGUCUCCAUAUUGUUUUUAUAAGGUAGUAAGAAAUCUCAUAGCUACUUAAAUUUUUUCUAUUUACAUAUGCAAAUGACUCUGUUUUUUCUAUUACUCUAAUCUACUUUGUAGUACCUAUUUACUAUUUAUUUAUUUAAAAUUUGCAGAUUUGAAUUAUUAAUGAUUGAUUGGAUUAAAAGAUUAAAAUUAAUAAAAA